AUGUUUGAUUUCUACGACAGCGGCGACGACGGGGGCGACGACGGGGGCGGCGACGGGGGUGAUGAGGGGGGCGGCGACGGCGACGGCGACGGCGAUGGUGGCGCCUAUGGUGCCUACGGCGAAGGUGGUGUGGACGGGCUAGACGACCAGAGCCACGACGACGACGCAAACGAGGCUGAUUCAACUAUUUUUGUUCACGACACGGAUUCCCGGUUGCACGAGAUUGAUAUCCUUAUCCCAGAGCUCCGAAAACAUAAACCCCCAAGCGAUGAAGACGGAAGUCAUGAUGACGCAUCUGAUGAACCAUUGAAUGCGAUUCGACUUGACCCGACAGAAGAUGGAGAGUGGAGGAGUUUCUACGAUCCUAGCGGAAGUGCCACCGGAGAGAACACGGGUGCGAUAUCAGAUCGCGAACCAGAUGUUUCCGCCAUGGCGUUGCCCUGCGAAGUUACCGAUCGAAGCCCAGCCAACGUUUUGGUCGAUAUUGGAAUCCAAUUCAAGCCGUUAGAGCUGAAUAAUGCCUUAAGCCUACUCUACGGUCAGCUGCGCGACCCCCGAGCAAUGACAGUAGCCUGCGUUAUCGCCUCUGGCGCCGACUUCAUCUCCUCACCACAAGGUGCCGACAGGUGCAACUCAGCAGCCCUGCGCUUUGGCUGCCUGCGGCAAGGGCGCCUCACAUCACGAGUGAUACUGUCAAAGACCGUCGCCUCGAUAGUUCGCUUUGUAUAG